CGUGAUCCCGGGGGUAUCCCGGCCCGGCGUGAUCCUGGUGUGAUCCCCGGGUAUCCCGGCCCGGCGUGAUCCCGGUCCGGCGUGAUCCCGGUGUGAUCCUGGGGUAUCCCAGUCUGAUCCCGGCGUGAUCCUGGGGUAUCCCGGUCUGAUCCAGGGGUGUCCCGGCCCGGCGUGAUCCUGGGGUAUCCCGGUGUGAUCCCGCUGCAAUCCCGGUGUGAUCCCGCUGCAAUCCCGGCGUGAUCCCGCUGCAAUCCCGGUGUGAUCCUGGGGUAUCCCGGCCCGGUGUGAUCCCGCUGUGAUCCCGAGGUAUCCCGGGUUAUCCCCGCCCGGCGUGAUCCCGCUGCAAUCCCGAGGUAUCCCGGGUUAUCCCGCUGCAAUCCCGGUGUGAUCCCGCUGCAAUCCCGGUGUGAUCCUGGGGUGUCCCGGCCCGGCGUGAUCCCGCUGCAAUCCCGGAGUAUCCCGGGGUAUCCCGGUGUGUAUCCCGGUUCGUCCCGCUGUAUUCCCGGGGUAUCCCGGCCCCGUCCCGCUGUGAUCCCGCUGGAAUCCCGGCGUAUCCCGGCCCCUCCGCCAUGGGGAAGAAAGGGAAGCGCGACAAGAAGGGGAAAGGCGCCGAGAAGACGCUGGCGAAGAUGGAGAAGAAGGUGUCCCGCAGAGCCAAGAAGGAGGAGGAGGAUCUUGAAGCCCUGAUAGCAGAAUUCCAGAGUUUGGAUGCUAAAAAGACCCAAGUAAUUGAGUCAUCUUGCCCACCCCCCUCACCCAGGCUGAACUGCUCUCUUUGUGCUCACCCUGAGAGAGACGAGCUGAUCCUUUUUGGAGGUGAAUAUUUCAAUGGCCAAAAAACCUACCUGUACAAUGACCUGUACAUUUACCACAUCAGGAAGAACAGCUGGGCCAAACUGGACAUCCCCAACCCGCCCCCGAGGCGCUGUGCUCACCAGGCAGCUGUGGUGCCCACGGCUGGGGGGCAGCUCUGGAUCUUUGGGGGGGAGUUUGCCUCUCCCAACGGGGAGCAGUUCUACCACUACAAAGACCUCUGGGUCCUGCAUUUGGCCACCAAGACCUGGGAACAGAUCAAGGCACCAGGGGGGCCCUCUGGACGAAGUGGACAUCGGAUGGUUGUGUGCAAAAGGCAGCUGAUCGUCUUUGGAGGGUUCCAUGAGAGUGCAAGAGAUUUUAUCUACUACAACGAUGUGUACGCCUUCAACCUGGACUCCUUCACCUGGAGCAAGCUGGCUCCUGCAGGGAUGGGGCCUGCUCCAAGGUCUGGCUGUCAAAUGACUCCCACCCCCGAGGGCAACAUCAUCGUCUAUGGGGGCUACUCCAAACAGAGGAUCAAGAAGGAUGUGGACAAAGGCACCCUGCACACGGAUAUGUUCCUGCUGAAGGCUGAAGGGGCAGCUAAGGAGGAAGACAGGUGGAGCUGGAGUCGCCUCAGCCCCUCUGGAGUGAAACCCAGCCCCAGGUCUGGCUUUGCCGUGGCCGCUGCUCCCAACAACCGCUGCCUCCUUUUUGGGGGGGUGCACGAUGAGGAGGAGGAGGAGAGCAUCGAGGGGGACUUCUUCAAUGACAUUUAUUUCUAUGACAUUGGGAAGAACCGCUGGUUCCCUGCACAGCUCAAGGGCCCAAAAGCAGAGAGGAGGAAGCGCAGGCGUGGCAGACAGGCCGAGGCAGAGGCUGCUGGAGGGGAGGAGCUGCAGCUGCCACCUCCCCAGGGUCCCCUGGAGAUCAUCAAGGAGGUGGUGGCAGAAGAUGGCACCGUCAUGACCAUCAAGCAGCUGAUCCCUGGAGCUGCAGAAGACAAGGACAGGUCUGGCUCAGAGGAGGAGGAGGAGGAGGAGGAGGAAGGUGGAGCCCUGGGCCAGCCAGUGGAGCCGUGCCCACGCUCCAGUGCCAUGGUGGCAGUGAAGCACGGGGUCCUCUACGUGUACGGGGGCAUGUUCGAGGUGGGCGACCGCCAGGUGACCCUCAGUGACCUGCACAGCAUCGACCUGCACAGGAUGGAGCAGUGGAAGGUGCUGCUGGAGAUGGAUCCAAAAACCCAGGAAUGGCUGGAGGAGUCAGAGUCAGAUGAAGAGGAGGAUGAUGAUGUGGAAGGUGCAGAGGGAGGGGAGGAAGAAGAAGAAGAGGAGAGCUCUGAAGAGGAGAGUGAAGAUGAGGAAGGGGAGCAGCAGCACCCAGCAGUGCAGCCUGGGGAGGCCCAGCCCCAGUACGUGGCCAGGACAGAGCAAUACUGGCUCAGGCUGGCCCGUGGCCACAUGGGCCCCGAGGCCAAGGACAAGAAGGUGCUCAAGGUGGCUCAUGCCAUGGCCAAGACUUUCUAUGAAGAUGCCCUCCAGAUGUCCUGAGGCUGCUGCAGGAGUGAAGGAAGGUGCUGGGAGCAGUGGUCAGCCCAACGUCCAUGCUGGCUCCAGCCUUUCCCAGCUCUGGGCUGACCGUCCAGGAUGGAUGCUCUGGAUCUGCUGGUACUCCUGGGAAUGCUGUGGGAAGCUCCUGAGGAGCAGGAUUGCUGUCCAAGCACUUGUUCUGCUUGUUCUGGGCUGUACAACACUGACUUUGUUGUUCCAAAGUUGUUUGGGGUCUGUGUAGACAAACUGUGCACAUGACAAUGGUUGGCUGGUCCCAGAUUCCUGACUGGGGCCAGGACGUGUCUCCAGGCGUUCCUACAAUAAACUCACUUUGGUUAUA